AUGGCCGCCAACCAAGAUGACCAAGAGUACGAAAUCGAGCGCUUCGUACGCCACAAAGUCAACAGACGAAAGAAGACGGUCCAGUUUCUCGUCAAGUGGAAAGGCUACGACGAACCAACGUGGGAACCCGAGGCCCUCAUGCAAGAAACCGCUAGCCGCACAGUGUAUCGGUACUGGCGGAAAUGCGGUGGCGGUGGUCCUGCUACUUAUUUAACACACUACCACGUUUUCAAAGUUCUGGCCAGAGUGUUCAAGAAGGGUAAAUGGUACUACCACUGCCAAUGGGUGGGUUAUUCGGACUCACAUAAGGAUACCACUUUGGAGACCGUAAAGAAGGUAGAGAGGAUUGCGAAGGAUGUGGUUGAUGAGUAUAAGGCUAGUCAAAGAGGUGGUAACCAGAACAUUCCACCCGCGAAUCGUUAG